AUGGAACAGGAGAUCUCACUUGUCCAGAGGAAGAUGUCUGACCUGGAGUCAGUGCUGCAGCAGAAGGAUGUGGAGCUGAAGGCCUCGGAGACCCAGAGGACCAUCCUGGAGCAGGACCUGGCCACCUACAUAACUGAAUGCAGUAGCCUGAAGCGUAGUUUGGAGCAGGCUCGAAUGGAGGUGUCGCAGGAGGAUGAUAAAGCGCUUCAGCUCCUUCAUGACAUCCGGGAGCAAAGCAACAAGCUCCAGGAAAUCAAAGAGCAGGAGUACCAUGCUCAACUAGAGGAGAUGCGUGUUUCCAUUCGGCAGCUGGAGGAGGACUUGUCUGCUGCCCGUCGCCGUAGCGACCUCUACGAGGCCGAGCUGAAGGAGUCUCGGCAGACCAGUGAGGAGCUAAAGAGGAAGGCUGCAGACUACCAACAGAGGAUGCAGAAGGCCAAAGAGCAAGGAAAAGUUGAAAUGGAGGAGCUCAUCGGCAAGCUGGAGAAGACCAAUGCUGAGCAGCAGGUGAAGAUUCAGGACCUCCAAGACAAACUCACCAAGGCUGUAAAGGCCAGUGUGGAGGCUACAGAUCUCCUUCAGAGUAUCAGGGUGGCCAAGGAGCGCAUGGAGCGAGAUCUGGAGAGACUGCAGCACAAGGAGGACUCGAGUGACAGCCUGCGUAGACGCCUGCGCGAGACAGAGCAAGAUGGCAGGAAGACUCUGGAAAAUCAAGUGAAGAGACUUGAGAUUGUGGAGCGCCGGGAGACAAAACUGAAGGAAGACAUCCAGAGCAAGACCCAGCAGGUCCAGCACAUGGCAGAUAAGAUAUUGGAGCUGGAGGAGAAUAUGCGAGAGACUCAAGCCACAGCCCAGCGUAUGGAAACACACCUGGAACAGAAGGAGAAGCUAUAUGAAGAUAAGAUCAAGGUGCUGGAGGCCCAGAUGAAGGCAGACAUGGCUGAUAAGGAGAUGCUGGAGUCCAGUCAGAGCAAGUAUGAGGAGGAGGUGCGGGAGAAGUGCAGCGUCAUCAGUGAGCAGAAGGCGACCAUCAACGCAAUGGACUCCAAGAUGAACAGUCUGGAGCAGAGGAUUUCUGAACUGUCUGAGGCUAACAAGCUGGCAGCCAACAGCAGUAUCUACACACAGAAGAACAUGAAAGCUCAGGAGGAAAUGAUCUCGGAGCUGCGUCAACAGAAGUUUUACCUGGAGUCCCAGGCUGGGAAGCUGGAGGCCCAAAAUGCCAAACUAGAGGAGCAUCUGGAGAAAUUGAGCCAGCAAGAACAGAGCAACAAGAGCCGUGUGCUGGAGCUGGAAACCAGGCUCAGAGAGAUCGGCCUGGAGCACGAAGAACAGAAGUUGGAGAUCAAGCAGCAGGUGACCGAGCUGACGCUGUCGCUGCAGGAGCGGGAGUCCCAGAUCAGUGGCCUGCAGGCCGCCCGCCAUGCCCUGGAGAGCCAGCUGCAACAGGCCAAGACGGAGCUGGAGGAGACCACCGCCGAGGCUGAGGAGGAGAUCACAGUGCUCCGUGCCCACCGAGAGGAGAUACAACGCAAGUUUGAUGCCUUAAGAGACAGCUGUGCGGUCAUCACAGAUCUGGAGGAGCAGCUGACCACGCUGACCCAGGAGAACGCUGAGCUGAACCGCCAGAACUUCUACCUGUCAAAGCAGCUGGACGAGGCCACCGAUGAGAGCGAGGACCGCAUGCAGCUCAGCCAGGAUGUGGACCAGCUGCGCCGCGAGGUGGCUGACCGUGAGAUGCACCUCAACAACCAGAAACAGAACAUUGAAACACUGAAGACCACGUGCACCAUGCUGGAGGAGCAGGUCCUGGAGCUGGAGACCCUGAAUGAUGAGCUUCUGGAGAAGGAGAGACAGUGGGAGGCAUGGAGGGCAGACCUAGAGGAGGAGAAGAACCAGGCUGAAAGGAGGGCCAGGGAGGUCCAGAGACUGCUGGACUCUGAGAAACAAAAUAGGCUUCGUGCAGAGCAGCGCAGCUCGGAGUCUCGCCAGGCUGUGGAGCAGGCUGUGAUGGAGCAUAAAGCGGAGAUCCUCACCCUGCAGCAGGCCCUCAAAGACCAGAAACUCAAAGCCGAGAGCCUCUCUGACACUCUGAAUGACCUGGAGAAGAAGCAUGCCAUGCUGGAAAUGAAUGCCCGGAGUCUACAGCAGAAGCUGGAGAGCGAGAGGGAGCUGAAGCAGAGGUUGCUGGAUGAGCAAGGGAAGCUGCAGCAGCAGAUGGAUGCCCAGAAGACCCACAUCUUCCGUCUGACUCAGGGGCUGCAAGAUGCUCUGGACCAAACUGAUCUGCUUAAGACUGAGAGAACUGACCUGGAGUACCAGCUAGAAAAUAUCCAGGCUGUCUACUCCCAUGAGAAGGUGAAGAUGGAGGGGACCAUCACUCAGCAGACAAAACUUAUCGACUUCCUUCAAUCCCGGGUCGACCACGGCGGCUCCAAGAAGAAAAAGGGUCUGUUUGGCCGCCGUCGAGAGGACCUGCUUGCCGCCAUGGCUGCCCAGGCCCAGGCUCAGGUUCAGGGUCCGUACAGUGACAUGAAGGCAGCGCUGGAUAAGGAGCGUGCCCGCUGCUCAGAGCUGGAAGACGCUCUGCAGAAGAUGAGGCUGGAGCUACGCUCUUUGAGAGAGGAAGCGGUCCAGUACAAAGCCAUGGAGCACAGUAACUCAACUAAUCCGGCCACAGCACGGCAGCAGAUGAUGAUGUCAGCCAUGGUAAAGUCUCCUGAGCACCAGCAGGGCCCGAGCAACCUGGCACCUUCCAACUCCGGCCGCAGGAAGGAAGCUGCCACCCCUGAGGAGAGAAGGAGGGUCACUUUUGAAAAGUAUAGCCGUCGUAUGAAGGACAGUCAGAGGGAUAGAGAGAGGGAGCGGGAGAGAGAGCGGCUCCACCACAACACCCCUCACCACUUCACAGUGGGACUCAACAUGAGAGCUGCCAAGUGUACUGUGUGCCUGGAUACGGUACACUUUGGCCGCCAGGCCGCCACCUGUCUUGAAUGUCACGCAUUGUGCCACCCAAAAUGCUCCCCCUGCCUUCCAGCCACCUGUGGCCUGUCCAGUGACUGUGCCCUGCAUCUGUCUGAGGGCCUGUGUCGGGAUAAAGGCUCCCCUGGCCAGCAGCUGAAAGAUGCCAGCGGACACAUGCAUCUGGAGGGCUGGAUGAAGCAGCCCAGGAAUGGGAAGCGAGGCCAGGGCUGGGAGAGGAAGUAUGUGGUGCUGGAUGGGACAAAAGUGACUAUCUAUGAGAUAGAGCCUAGAGAAGACUCUGUGAAGCCACUGGAGGAGUUUGACCUGUGUCUGUCUGAUGGAGAAGUGAUGGUUCACGGGGCGGUGGGAGCAUCCGAGCUGCCCAACACCGCCAAGUCAGACGUUCCCUACGUCCUGAAGCUGGAGUCCCACUCUCACUCCCCCUGCUGGCCUGGACAGACCCUCUACUUCAUGGCUCCCAGUUUCCCUGACAAGCAGCGCUGGGUGGCUGUCAUGGAGUCUGUUGUGGCGGCGGGGCGUGCCUCCAGAGAGAAGGCCGAGGCAGAUGCAGCUGCUGUGUCCAAAAGACAAAUGGUUCUGUCUCCUCUGGUCCAGAAGCUACUGGGGAACUCUCUCUUAAAGCUGGAGGGAGAUGACAGGCUAGAUAUUAACUGCACGCUCCCCCUGACAGAUCAGAUAGUGCUGGUGGGCUCUGAAGAGGGUCUGUAUGCCCUGAAUGUUAUCAAGAACUCCUUGACCCACAUUCCUGGGCUGGGAUCCGUCUUUCAGAUCCACAUCGUCAAAGAGCAGGAGAAGCUGCUAAUGAUAGUUGGAGAUGAGCGGGCACUGUGCCUAGUGGAGAUAAAGAAAGUUAAACAGUCUCUGGCCCACCUGCCAAGCCAGUCUGAACUAGCUCCCUACAUCUUUGAAACAGUCAAGGGCUGCCACUUGUUUGCUGCUGGAAGAAUAGACAGUGGGCCUUGUAUAUGUGCUGCAAUGCCAAACAAAAUAACCAUUCUUCGCUACAAUGAAAAUCUCAAUAAAUACUGCAUCCGCAAGGAGAUCGAGACUCUGGAGCCAUGCAGCUGCGUUCACCUGACCAGCUACAGCAUCAUCAUCGGCACCAACAAGUUCUACGAAAUCGAGAUGAAGCAGUUUGUGCUGGAGGAGUUCUUGGAUAAGAACGACGCGUCGUUGGCCUCGGCGGUGUUUGCUCUCUCCUCCCACAGCUUCCCCAUCUCCAUCAUGCAGGUGGCCAGUAGCAUGCAGAAGGAGGAGUACCUACUCUGUUUCCAUGAGUUUGGGGUUUUUGUGGAUGCCUACGGACGAAGGAGCCGCAAUGAGGAUAUUAAAUGGAGCCGUCUGCCUCUGGCCUUCGCCUACAGAGAGCCUUACCUGUUUGUGACCUACUUCAAUUCCCUGGAUGUGAUCGAGGUCCAGGGACAUGCUGCUCUGGGUCCUCCAGUGCUGGCCCACCUGGACAUCCCUAACCCUCGCUACCUGGGCCCGGCCAUCUCCUCCGGGGCCAUCUACCUGGCUUCCUCUUACCAGAACAAGCUACGCGUCAUCUGCUGCAAAGGCAGUCUGAUCCGAGAGUCCGGGGAGCUGCAGAGGACCGGCUCCAGCCGCGGUCCCAGUAAGCGUGGCCCACCCACCUACACGGAGCACAUCUCUAAGCGUCUGGCCUCUGGCCCCGGCAGCCAUGAUGGCCUACACCGGGAGCCCAGCACACCACACCGCUACCGGGAGGGUCGCACUGAGUUCAGACGGGACAAGUCCCCAGCCAGGCCGCUGGACAGAGAGAAGUCCCCGGGCAGGGUGCUGGACAGCCGCAGGGAGAGGUCUCCUGGGAGGUUUGGGGACAGCACCCGACUCCACACAGGCUCAGUGCGCACACAACUAACCCCUGUCAACAAGGUGUGGGAUCAGUCCUCGGUGUGA